UUAAGUGAGGUAAACUGCUAUUGGCUGUUGUUAAGUUUCGGAAACUACGAUUGGUUUUUGUUUUAGUUCCGGUCAGUAAGACGCGAGUCAGCAAGCUUUUCUUUUUUUUUCCUCGAGCAGGACAGCGAGAAUGGCUGCAGGAGGAGAUUUCAUUUCUGACGUGAAUUGGGGAAUUACUCCAGUUUGCUGAUGCAGCCUUCUGAAGGCUGGCUCUGUGACAGCGUGGUUUAAAGGAUGGUCUUCUCAAGAACUAAAGUUUUCACAGACUCAGAAUGGAAUUCCUUCUUGUAGUGUCACCUACGGCAGCAGUAGUAUGGACCCCUUCCAUGCAUGCACUAUUCUACAGCAGCUGAAAAGUAUGUAUGAUGAGGGACAGCUGACUGAUAUCAUUGUAGAAGUUGAUCAUGGGAAAAAAUUUGCGUGUCACAGAAAUGUUCUUGCUGCAAUUAGUCCUUAUUUCAGAUCUAUGUUCACCAGUGGCCUUACAGAGAGCACCCAGAAAGAAGUACGCAUAGUCGGAGUCGAAGAGGAGUCCAUGCAUUUAGUAUUGAACUAUGCAUAUACCUCCAGAGUUAUAUUGACAGAGGCCAAUGUUCAGGCAUUGUUCACUGCAGCUAGCAUCUUCCAGAUCCCAUCUCUGCAGGAUCAGUGUGCACAGUAUAUGAUCAGUCGACUGGAUCCUCAGAACAGCAUUGGAGUUUUCAUGUUUGCUGAUGCUUAUGGUCAUCAGGAACUUCGUGACAAAUCACAGGACUACAUACGUAAAAAAUUCUUGUGUGUCACCAAAGAACAGGAGUUUCUUCAGUUGUCCAGAGACCAACUUAUAAGUGUAUUAAAUAGUGAUGACUUAAAUGUGGAUAGAGAGGAGCAUGUUUAUGAAAGCAUUAUCAGGUGGCAUGAACAUGAACCAUUGAAAAGAACAGCACACCUUGCAGACAUCUUUGCCAAAUGUAUUCGUAUACCUCUUAUGGAUGAGGCAUUUUUGCAGAAAAUUCCUUUCAGUUUUGCACAGGCUAUGACCGAAAACUUUGAAGUGGAGAAAUCUAGUGCCAAUGGCUGUACACAGAGGCUUGGAAUGACAGCUUCUGAAAUGAUCAUAUGUUUUGAUGCAGCCAGCAAACACUCAGGAAAAAAACAAACAGUGCCUUGUCUAGAUACUGUUACAGGGAGAGUGUUUAAGCUAUGCAAACCACCAAAUGAUCUGAGGGAAGUUGGCAUUUUGGUUUCACCAGACAAUGAUAUUUAUAUUGCUGGGGGUUACAGGCCUAGCAAUAGUGAAGUCUCCAUUGACCACAAAGCAGAAAGUGACUUUUGGUUGUAUGAUCACACUGGCAAUAAAUGGUUACCUAAAGCUUCUUUGCUUAGAGCCAGAAUAGGCUGCAAACUUGUUCACUGCUGUGGUAAACUGUAUGCAAUAGGGGGUCGUGUUUAUGAAGGGGACGGUCGAAAUGCACUGAAAUCAGUUGAGUGUUACGACACCAGAGACAAUUUAUGGGUAUCAGUUUGCCCUAUGCCUGUAGCUAUGGAAUUUCAUAAUGCGGUGGAGUACAAGGACUGUAUCUAUGUUUUGCAGGGAGAAUUCUUCCUUUGCUAUGAUCCACAUAAGGACUACUGGGGACAUUUAACUCCCAUGACUACACCUAGAACCCAAGGACUAGCAGCUGUAUACAAUAACGCCAUUUACUACAUAGGAGGGACCUGUGGAAAGAGUUAUCGUACUUUCAUUGUAGAAGUCUAUGAUAUUGAGAAGAACACUUGGACUCAGAAAAAAGAUCUUCCAUGUGACUCAUCCACCAAUCCAUAUAUUAAACUUGUUCUUCUCCAUAGCAAACUGCAUUUGUUUGUUAGAGCUACACAAGUCACUGUAGAAGAACACGUAUUUCGUACCAGUCGUAAAAAUUCUCUGUAUGUUUAUGAAGAGGACACUGAUGAUUGGAGAAAAGUUUAUGAGACCCCAGAUAGACUCUGGGACCUUGGUCGCCAUUUUGAGUGUGUUGUUGCUAAGCUAUAUCCACAGUGUCUUCAAAAGGCUCUUUAAUGUGACUUUCAUGAAGUUCAUAGUUCGUUGGAAAGCCGCCAAUUUAGUAAUAUCUCCAUUAUAAUUUGGAAAGGUGCUGGCAGUUUAUUUGCUGAAUAGACUGUUUUAAAAUACUUAAAAUAAUGGAUGGGUGCUUUUAAAGAUUGCAGUAUUUGAACUCAUUCAGAUUUCAUUUUUCAGCUACUGAAGUUUUCAGUGGUUUCAGAAAACUCGAAGUGCAAUUAUGAAUAGUUUUUCCAUAAUUCAUAUUAAACUCUUGCAUCAGGGAGGAGUUGUAGUAUGCUGGUGAAUUCUUAAGUAUUGCAGUCUUUAGCACAAUUCUUGGAACUGUUUUGAAAGAACUGAAGAACUGAUGGCAUACUCUGGUGAAACAGCAAAGCCUCUGGUAGUACUUGCUUAGUUCACUUUGUUUUGCAUUAUCUUAUUGUUAGUUUUGCAAGUUAUCAUUGUUAAAUUGACAUACUAAAAAAGUGCAAAACAUCCCUGUUGGCAUGAUGGUUCUGAUAUGAAUUAAAUUUAAUAACAUUAUAGUUUUAUUUUGCAUUUUAGGAGAGAGUGAGUGAAGCAAGAAAGUAAAUUAUUAAAAUAUAAUUGAACUAUGCAUUAUUAGAAAAAAAUAAUAUAGCAUUAUUAGUUAAUUAUAGUCUUUAUCAAAUGUUUGCAGUGUGUACUUGAUACUAUUGUGUACUAUUGAUACGGGUAAAAAAUUUAUAAGAUGCAAUAUCACCAUGGCCUCUGUUUAGUUUAGUGUAGGUACAGUUUGUAUAACAUAAGCAACACUAUAGAUAUUUGUGCAGUUUUGAAAAAGAAUAUGUUCUGUACAUAACUGAGUGUUUAGUAUUUGUUUAAGAUUGGUAAGGAAAGAUGAGAUACGUUUUCUGAUUCCAUUAUAGGUCUGCAUUAUAAAAAUGGUAUCUUAGUGUUCAGAAAAUUUGUCAGGUAGUGUAGUUUCAGGAUCCUUUUCAGGAAAUAUAACUAUUAAGUCAGUUGGCCUCCAACAGAAUCCAGACAUUUAUGUUUGCAUUGUCAAACAAAAAUAUAUAAGUACAGUGAAUGUACUUGGGAAUGAAUUUCAAGUUACUGUAUACAGCAAGAGUAUUCCAAAUGUGAUUUUUUUUUAUCCUCCCAUGCUGCAUCACUCUCCCAGUCUUUAGUUGUAGACUGGGAGUUCUGUAAAUACUGUACAUAUUUGUUUUCAUAAUGGUGUGACUGUAACUUGUGCUCAUCCUUAGCCAUAGCUAUACUUGUAUGAUCUUAAAUUCACUUAGUUGCUGCUGCUUUUGGAAUUUAAAAUUUCACCUUAGGGUGCUCUGGAAAUCUAGGUGAUGAAACUAAUUGUUUAUUGAGGGUAUCCUGGUGCUGACACUUUCAAAUAAAGUUAUGUAGAACAAUGUUAAUGAUUUUUUUUUUUGGUAAAGGGAAUGUAGCUGUAGAUCUCUGUUUAAACUCUCUGCUUAUUUGAGAUUAAUCUGAGAAAGUGCAGUACAUUAUUUUUUAGCCAUUUUUUUUUUCAUGUUGGCUUGAUUUGGUCAUAUCUUUAAGGAGCAGCACAGUAAAGAAAAUGCAACCAUUCCUUUUUUUUUUUUUUGCUUUUAAUUGUGUAUUAGGAACUUGUGUCAUAUUUGUUAACACUGAGAUUAAAAGAAGACUCCUAUUGUACAGCUAGGGAGCUGCAUCUGCAAAUGCACUUUCCAGAAGUACUUGUCUUUAUGACUGUGAUUGAAAUUUCCUAGAUGAAACAAAGUUAUAUUGCAAAGUUGAAAGUUGGUGUUCUUAAUUGGAAUGUGUACAUUUUACCAUUGUCAGUAAUUUAACUCCUUGUUGUAGGCACACAUGUGGAGAUCCCCGUUUGGAAUUGAGAAGUCACUGCUCAGUCCUUGUGAUGUCUUGACCAAAUCUUUCCAUCUUCUAAGUACUGACAUGUUUCUUUGACACAUUGCUUUUAGCUUUCCCCAUAGCAUCCUGGAUUCUGUAAGUUACUUGAAACCCAACAGUGAGUAUGGCCAGCAUUCAUGCCUGCAUAGACGUAUUUCAGUAUGUGGCAAGUGGAAAUGCAUUUUUUUCAUAAAGUGGCUUUCUUCGGGUUUUUGAUCAUACUUUAAACAGGAUACUGAUGCAUCCCUUUUCUGCUGCACUUGGGGACUGUUUGGACACAUUGGCAAGGAUAAAGGGGGGGUGAUAUCCUCCCUAUUACAAAAACUGUGUAUAAAAUGGGAACUGUGGGAGUAGUUUAGAAGUACUGUGCCUUUCUGCUUACUAAAUACUAAAAUGGUAUCUAUUAAAGGCUGCACAUUAUUUUCAGCA